AUGGCGCUGCUCCUGCCGGUGCCCGGCCGAGCCGAAGUGUCGGGCGGAAGGCAGGCCUCAGCACGCCCCGUGCCCAGCCCCGCUGCCUGUCCCCGGGCCGCCACCCUUCCUCGCCUGUCACCCUUAGUUAAGAACGGUGGGGAGCCCGGCGCCGGCCGCUCCCCGGAGGCGACGGCCCCCGGGCAGCUCCACCGCUCCCGGACGACAGCGGCACCCCGCGGGGCUGCCCCGGCUGCCCCUCCCGCUGCAGGCGGGCCUGCCCGGGAGGAUGGUUUACCCCUCACCCGCCGCCUCCUCCGGUCACUGAUGGUUGGACCCUGUACGCGGCGUAGCCAGGAAAGCUGGGGUUGCUACGCGACGGCUGCGCGGGGACACGGGGCUGAGAGGGACGGAGGGAGGGAGGAAGGGGCAGGGAGAGGCGGCCCGGAAGCUCUACCAUCUCCAGCCGCUUCCGGGCCAGCUCCGGGCCUGUCACCGCCCGCCGUGGGGGGCGGCCAUUUUACCGAGGAGUGGAGCCGCGGGGCCCUCCUGCUGGCGGCGGCGGCGGCGGCGGCUGCCACAGCGACUGAGCGGCGGAGCCUCACGGGCGGGCAUAGUCUCUGCGUCUGGGCUGGGAAGCGGAAGAGGCGCCUGUGA